GGGUCCUUUUUGGCACCAAGGCCGCAGGUGGGUCCCGGGUCCAGGAGCGCCGAGGCGCCCCGUUGUGUAGGCAGGGAAAGUCCACCUCUAGGAAAGCCCUCGGCGGCGCAUUCAUGAUGAACGUAAUUCAGAUUGUUCGUGACCACUGGGUACAUAUACUUGUGCCUGUGGGAUUUGUCCUUGGAUGUUAUCUAGACAAAAAGAACGAUGAAAAGCUAACUGCCUUCCGGAACAAGAGUUUGUUGUUUAAAAGGGAAUUGAGACCCAAUGAAGAAGUCACCUGGAAGUAAAGGCUGUGACUGAAAUACAGAAUGUUCACAUUUUAAAAAUUGGGAGAGAAAUAAAAACACAUUCAUUAUUUAA